CUCUUCCGUGGAGAACGCGCUACGGCCGCUGGCUGCCGAGCGCCGCAGCAGCAGCAGCAGCAGUUUUCGUGCGGGGCGUGUGUUGUCGUUCUGUUUUCACGUGCUACGAGUGUAUUUCUGUGGGAAAAUCCGUGUGAGUCCGCGCGAAAAUGCCGCCGAAGAAGCGGGAGAAGGAGCUGGACGGGCAGAAGGCGCCGCGGAUGGACCAAAUCCAGGCGGACCACGAGCUGUUUUUGCAGGCCUUCGAGAAGCCCACACAAAUUUACCGGUUCCUACGUACAAGAAACCAAAUUUCGCCGAUAUUUCUGUACAGAAACUUAUCUUACAUGAAGCAACGUAUGUCCAGAAGUCACAAGUCUCGACGAGGAUUUAGAAUCGAUACGAUCUUGGAAAGGUUGAUGUCCAAAAACAAUCAGGAGGAGAAUCCUGGAGUACGUGGUUAUAUGACACUUACUUUUCUGGGAUUCUAUGAUAAGAAAGUUGAGACAUCUCAAGAUCCGGUGAAGGUUGAAACACUGCUACUAAAGAUAUGUCAUAAGAAACGGAAAGACGUUAGCUCUCCAAUAAUGCAGGUAUCUGUCGGUACAAGUGAAGUUCCAAUAAAUCCUUCAGAAAAUCAACCACCGCCAAAAGCACCCACCAUUUCCAUACCCAACGAAUCUUUUAGUCUAAAUAACGGUCAUGUAGCGAAAACGUAUAUGCUGUUGCUCAGAGUGUACUGUAUGUCCAACAAUGGCUGCCUUAUGAAUAACUGUGAUUUAGAUGGUGAAUAUCGACAAAUUGUUAAAAUCAAUAACGAUAAUGUUGCAUCAAUAAUAAUGCUGAUUUAUUUGAAUAAUAUAAUUGUUACAGAGCCAGCUCAAAAACGACGCAAGUCAGCCACCGGUCCCAUAAAGGCUGGAGCUGAAGAAGUCAAGUUAUAUGGCUCGGAGCUCGUAGUAUACGACAAGCAUAAUCGUUGUGUGUUGACGGACGGCGAUUACGAAUUAGGCUUGCAGGAAGUACAAACUAAUGUCAGAUCGAGUCCCAAGAAACACAGCUCCUGGGAGUCGAUCUCCGACAUUAAGGAGUGCGGUCCAUUCGAGGUGUUCAGUCGUGGCCCGACGUUAAAAUUUAGGCUCAGCUGGACCAUGGAACCCAGCUGCGGUCUGGUAGACAGACCAGCCCCGAUUCAUCCACUGCCCAAUGGUGACAAUAAAGAAAAUCGACCAGGAAACGCAGCUGUAGAGCGUUGUCCUGUGAAUCACAAUAAUAAUAAUAAUAACAACAACAACAACAACAAUAAUAAUAACAACACAACACUGCCAACUCCUAGUCCAUUGACGCCGUCGAAGCUCUCAGUGUCCACCGACAAAAUGGACACUUCGACGGAUAAUCAACAAAUUGUUUAUCAAUUUUUAUACAAUAACAAUAGUCGCCAGCAGACGGAAGCUUGCGAGGAUCUUCACUGUCCUUGGUGCUCUUUAGAUUGUGGCAAACUAUAUUCAUUGCUAAAACACCUUAAGCUCUGUCACUCGCGAUUCACCUUUACCUAUGUGCCGAUUCCACAAGGAGCUCGGAUAGACGUGGCUAUAAACGAGUGUUAUGACGGCUCGUACGCCGGCAGUCCUCACGAAUUGAUUUCCCAGCCAUCCGGAGUAGCGUUCUCGCGCACAGGACCCACCAGACGUACGAGCGUAACGAACAUCCUGGUAUGUCGGCCAAAGAGAACCAAACCGAGUCUUUCGGAGUUUCUCGAGCUGGACGAGAACGAGUUUGAGAAUCAGCGGCCUUAUAUUACCGGGCACAAUAGGUUGUAUCAUCAUACUGUGACGUGUUUGCCGAUCUACCCGAAGGAGAUGGACAUUGAUUCGGAGGGUGAGAACGAUCCGAAAUGGUUGCAAACAAAGACGAUGAUGAUGAUAGAUGACUUUACGGAUGUGAACGAGGGCGAAAAGGAAUUAAUGAAGAUGUGGAAUCUCCACGUAAUGAAGCACGGUUAUGUAGGAGACUGCCAGAUACCGCUGGCCUGCCAAAUGUUCUUAGAAACCAAAGGGAAGGAGCUACUCAUGAAGAAUCUGUAUCGGAACUUUGUCUUGCAUUUGUGUAGCCUCUUCGAUUUCGGACUAAUAAGUCCUGUGAUUUUAUAUCAGACGAUUCAGAAGCUCCAGGAGAUCAUGAAGGAAGGUGGCGAGAAUGGAGAUGUCAGGAAGGUUUUACAAAAGUCACACGAGGCUCAAGUCGAGCGGUGGAUCACCACGGGUGUUCACGCGUCUUCUGAUGUCGCUAAACCGAGCAGCACCGGUGCCAAGAUUAACUUUAAUAACGAGAUAUCAAAUUCAAAUGCGAGAAGAAAGACUUCCCUGCCAUUGGUUUCGCCGCCCAUACUGCAAAACGGGAAGCUGGCGAAUCACCUGUAAUUAAUUAAUUCGCUUAUGGUUGAGAUUAUAUCUUCUUUACCGAAUAUGCGUUGAUGACUACGGCAAUGACGAUGGUGGUGGCAGCGUGGUGGUGGUGGUGGCGUUGGUGAUGGUAGCGUUGUCUGUUAAAAGAAAAAGAGAGAUAAAAUGAAUUUAAAACCGAUCAUCUUCAUAAAAUGGAUGGUGGCUACCAUUAACGAUCAGUCGGAGUAUGUGUUUUCACGAGGGUUACGGAGGAUUGUACGUUUUUGUACAGUAUUUGUUGCGAAUAAUAUUAUUGUGAUUGAAUUUAUUAUUACUACGAUAGCUAAUAAAAGAGAGGAGGGAAGGAAAGGUAAUCGUCAUUGUUCUAGCAGUUAGAUAAAUUCUUCAGAACGUCGUUUCUUUCGCCAUUAAAAGCCAAAAAAACAGGGGAGACGCAGAAGCAUUAAUGCGGAACAAUUUCUAACGAUAAUUCCUUUCGUUGAACUAAAAAUUCUAUUGUUUGACAUAUAUCUUCGUGUCACUCGGCAUUCUUCUCGACUCCUUUCAAAGGGCUUUUAUGGUAUCUAUACCUCUGUGACUCCGUAAACAGUCCCAGCAUGUUCUGUAAUACUCUGAGGAUUUUAUGUACUUCUUCGAGAUAGCUGAUCCGUUAGCGCUACCCAGUGCUUCAGAGAGAUUGAGGUUCCUUAUCAAUUUGCCACCCGAGUGUAGUAUCCAACGCUUCGAAACGUAUCCAAUGCGAGACGCAAAAUGUCGUAAGUCUCGAAAGUUCUUCGUGUAAGAGAUAUGAAUCGAUAGAGCGAAAGUGCCUUCACCAUACCUGAGAGUUCGUAAACGAGAACGACGCUCAUCGAACAGGCAGUAAAAAAAUAAAAAUAAAAA